AUGAGAACUUACCGGUACUUCUUGCUACUCUUUUGGGUUGGUCAGCCCUACCCAACUUUCUCAACUCCAUUAUCUAAGAGGACUAGUGGUUUCCCAGCAAAGAAAAGUUCCCUGGAGCUCUCUGGAAACAGCAAAAAUGAGCUGAACCGUUCGAAAAGAAGCUGGAUGUGGAAUCAGUUCUUUCUCCUGGAGGAAUACACGGGAUCCGAUUAUCAGUAUGUGGGCAAGUUACAUUCAGACCAGGAUAGAGGAGAUGGAUCACUUAAAUAUAUCCUUUCAGGAGAUGGAGCAGGAGAUCUCUUCAUUAUCAAUGAAAACACAGGAGACAUACAGGCCACCAAGAGACUGGACAGGGAAGAAAAACCUGUUUACAUCCUUCGAGCUCAAGCUAUAAACAGAAGGACAGGGAGACCCGUGGAGCCUGAAUCUGAAUUCAUCAUCAAGAUCCAUGACAUCAACGACAAUGAACCAAUAUUUACCAAGGAUGUCUACACGGCCACUGUUCCCGAAAUGUCUGAUGUUGGCACAUUUGUUGUCCAAGUCACUGCAACUGAUGCUGAUGAUCCAACUUACGGCAACAGUGCUAAAGUUGUGUAUAGUAUCCUACAGGGGCAGCCCUAUUUUUCAGUUGAAUCAGAAACAGGUAUCAUCAAGACAGCUUUGCUCAACAUGGAUCGAGAAAACAGGGAGCAGUACCAAGUGGUGAUUCAAGCCAAGGAUAUGGGUGGCCAGAUGGGGGGUUUAUCUGGGACCACCACGGUGAACAUCACGCUGACUGAUGUCAACGACAAUCCUCCCCGGUUUCCUCAGAGUACAUACCAGUUUAAAACCCCUGAAUCUUCUCCACCGGGUACACCAAUUGGCAGGAUCAAAGCCAGUGAUGCUGACAUGGGAGAAAACGCUGAAAUUGAGUACAGCAUUACAGAGGGAGAAGGGCUGGACAUGUUUGAUGUCGUUACUGACCAGGAAACUCAGGAAGGCGUUAUUACUGUCAAAAAGCUCUUGGACUUUGAAAAGAAGAAAGUGUACACCCUCAAAGUGGAAGCCUCCAAUCCUCAUGUUGAACCCCGCUUUCUCUACCUGGGUCCAUUCAAAGACGCAGCUACAGUCAGAAUUAUGGUGGAAGAUGUGGAUGAGCCCCCUGUCUUCAGCAAACUGGCCUACAUCCUCCAAAUAAGAGAAGAUGCUCAGAUAAACACGACAAUAGGCUCAGUCACAGCCCAGGAUCCUGACGCCGCCCGGAAUCCUGUCAAGUAUUCUGUUGAUCGACACACAGAUAUGGACAGAAUAUUCAACAUUGAUUCUGGAAAUGGUUCAGUUUUUACGUCGAAACUUCUUGACCGAGAAACAUUGCUGUGGCACAACAUUACAGUAAUAGCAACAGAGAUCAAUAAUCCAAAGCAAAGCAGCCGAGUCCCUCUCUAUAUUAAAGUUCUAGAUGUCAAUGACAAUGCCCCGGAAUUUGCUGAGUUCUAUGAAACCUUUGUCUGUGAAAAAGCAAAAGCAGAUCAGUUGAUUCAGACCCUACGAGCCAUUGACAAAGACGACCCUUAUAGCGGGCACCAAUUCUCAUUCUCUUUGGCCCCUGAAGCAACCAGUGGCUCAAACUUUACCAUUCAAGACAACAAAGAUAACACAGCAGGAAUCUUAACUCGGAAAAAUGGCUAUAAUAGGCACGAGAUGAGCACCUAUCUCCUGCCUGUGGUCAUUUCAGACAACGACUACCCAGUCCAAAGCAGCACUGGGACAGUGACUGUCCGGGUCUGUGCAUGUGACCACCAUGGGAACAUGCAGUCCUGCCAUGCGGAGGCCCUCGUCCACCCCACGGGACUGAGCACAGGGGCCCUCAUUGCCAUCCUUCUGUGCAUCGUGACCCUACUAGUGACAGUGGUGCUGUUUGCGGCUUUGAGGCGGCAGCGGAAAAAAGAACCUUUGAUCAUUUCCAAAGAGGACAUCAGAGACAACAUUGUCAGUUACAACGACGAGGGUGGCGGAGAGGAGGACACCCAGGCCUUUGAUAUCGGCACCCUGAGGAACCCCGAAGCCAUCGAGGACAGCAAAUUGCGCAGGGACAUCGUGCCCGAGGCCCUUUUUCUGCCCCGACGGACUCCAGCAGCUCGCGACAACACCGACGUCCGGGAUUUCAUUAACCAAAGGCUGAAGGAGAACGACGCGGACCCCACCGCCCCGCCCUACGACUCCCUGGCCACCUACGCCUACGAGGGCACCGGCUCGGUGGCCGCCUCUCUGAGCUCCCUGGACUCGGCGACCACGGACGGAGACCAAGACUAUGACUACCUUAGCGACUGGGGCCCGCGCUUCAAAAAGCUGGCAGACAUGUACGGAGGCGUGGACAGUGACAAAGACUCCUAA